GCUACCACCUCAAUCGCUGACUAAGUUAACUCCCGAGGGUUCCUGAAAAGGCGAUUAGGGUCUACUGUUCGCUCUUUGCGAUUUCAAUCCGAAUUCUUCGGUAAAUCUUUUCUUUUACCACAAAAAUUUACUACCACAACUUCACUUAAGCAAGAUGGAUCGAGAUCUAUGGAAAGCUAUGCAAAACUUAAACAUUGGAUCAAAUCUCCAACCACUCCGACUCUCGAGAGACACCCAAAGAAAAAGUGCAACUGCGAAUCGUCUAAGUCUAGUGGUUAGAGGAUUAAACCCCGCGCAUCAAAACCUUACCGGAAUGCGUAACACACUUCCGUAAGCUUGGAGACUCCACAAUCGAGUUCGAGGUCAGAUAAAUGAUGACGGUACGAUUCAGUUCUUUUUCACAGAGGAACACAAUCUCUUAUAUGUUAUAGAUAGGGGUCCUUGGUCCUUUAAAGACUAGAUGGUUGUCAUGGAUCCUUGGUUUAGAAGAAGAAGCCCAAGCUUCCUUACUACAAUAUCCUUCUGGGUUCAAAUCUAUAACAUACCGAAUGAAUACAGAAACCAGGGGGUGGUAAAAGAAAUAGGAAGAGAAUUAGGACAGCUAGAAGGUCUCAGAAUAGUGGAGCCCACAAGAGACAAUCUAUCAGAGGUUUGGGUUAGAAUAAGAUUUGACGCUUACCAGCCGCUUACCUUCUCGCGAUACAUCCAGUUUGAAGAAGGAAGAGACCCAGUACUACUCCGCUUCGAAUAUGAAAAGCUAAAAAAGUUCUGCAUAAGAUGCGGGAGACUAACACAUGAAGAGAGGGAAUGUGGACAUGCUCUUCCUCAGCCUCAACAACUCAUCGAACAGAAUGAAGAGGAGCAAAUAAUCCAACCAGUGAAUCUACAAGUACAAGAUCAAGAGGAAGCUCUGGGUGAAAAUGAACAAAUCUUGCCUGAACAGGAAGACGAUGAAGCGCCAAUAGAGCAAGUUAAUCACGAUGAGGAGGAAAACAUUGAUCAAGUCCACAUUGCCGAGUAUAUGCAGGACGUUACUCAGCCGCUUCUCAACCAUGGAACCCCUGUUUCUAUCCCUGGUAUCACUGGACCCACCACAACGUUUGAGAUAGGUUCUUCCUCUGGUGCAGAUAGAGGAUCAAAAAGAAAGCUUGAAGACAUCACCUCUGAAGACUCUUACCCAUUCACAAGACAAAGACAAAGACUUGAAGAGACUAAUGAUGAGGAAGGCUUGGUGGUAGCCAUAAUACCACCACAGGAUCCAUGAGAGUAAUGCACUGGAAUUGUCAAGGGUUAAAGAGGAACCCCUUGAAAAUUCCCUACCUAAAAGACAUCAGGGAAGUCUUCUAAACCUGAUGUCUUGUUCCUCACCGAAACUAAAAACGGCAUAAGUUACGUUAAAAACAUCGGAUCAGAGCUAGGCUAUGCUCAUAGCUAUGUUUUACCUUCUGAAGGUCUAAGAGGAGGGUUAGCUAUUUUUUGGGAAUAUCAUAUCAGUUUGAGUUUUAUGAAGAAGCCUUCACUUCAUCAAACUGAUAUAUGCAUAUCGGAAGCAGGAAAUCCUACCUUGUACAUAACCUAUAUAUAUGGCAAUCCAUAUCAAAGGCUGAGAAACCUGCACUGGAAGAAGUUGACUCGUAUAAGGGAAGCUGGAAUCGUCAACAACAAACCGAGAGUGGUCCUUGGUGAUCUUAAUGACAUAAAAAGCAAUGAUGAGAAAGAUGGUGGGCCGAGAAGAGAUGAGUACACGUUCAAUACAUUCAGGAGAAUGCUCAACACUUUAGGUCUCCAUGACUUAAGAACAGUGGGAGGUCAGUACACAUGGAUGGGUCAAAGAAAACAAUAUACUAUACAAUCAAAGAUAGAUAGGGUGGUAGCUAAUGCGGAGUGGCAAGAUUUAUUCCCAAAAGCAUAUGUCAAACUAUUUGAUUGGAUAGGAUCUGACCAUAAGCCACUUCUUCUCAAUACAUGAGACAGAAAAUGGAAAAGAACAAGACUCUUCAUAUAUGAUAACAGAUGGAGAUUCAACAAAGAAGUUCAAAAGGAGAUUCAACUCACCUGGGAGGCAAAGUGUCAGCACUUACCUGGUAGCCGCUUCCAUAUUGCUCUCAAGAGAUGCAGAUCAAGUCUAGCCAGAUGGAAGUCAAAAUCCGCUACAAACUCAGCAAAGAAGAUUGAAAAGCUGAAGAAUCUCCUAAAAUCUGCGUCAACUCAAGAAAUCAUGAAGCAUCUAAAGCCCAAGGUCACAGACGAAAUUAACAAGGACCUCACCAGACCUGUCAUAGAAAAUGAACUCUUCCAAGCUAUCUGACAGAUGGACUAAAUCCAGGCUUCUUCAAAGAUCAUUGGGAGACAAUAAAAACAGAAGAAGGAGAAUGCAGGGAACUAAUGCAAAUCUUGCAAAUCUAUGAAAAUGCUUCAGG